AUGACUGAUAAGGAAGUUGAAAGCAAAGAACCAGAUAAAAAACCGCUAGAUGACGAAGCUCUAGAGAAAUUAGCUGUUGAAGAACUUCUCCGUGAGGCAGUUCAAGGAGCUGCAAGAGCUGAAAUUGUGGGUCCCUCGGGUUGGAUAAAAGGCCCCCAACAGAAAACAAAUAAACGGUUUCUAGUCAAUACCCUUAGGCAUGCUAACCAUCCAUCAAGAAAGAUCGGACUAAAAGAAAACACUAAAAUGGCGGAUUAUGAUGUGGAAAGUGUUAUAAGAAAAAUUGUCGACGCCAAAGACAGUACAUGGAGUCCUCAAGAGAAGAUACCAUUGAUUGCUAAAGAACUUGAACAACAGAAGGCCGACCUGAGACUGUUUCUAGAAAAUUGUGAUUUCGAUAUAAAUGCUAUAUACAAUGAGAGCACCGAAUUAUGCGCUGAGAGCAAGGAACUUAUUGAAGAAAUGGAAAACUGUAAGAAAGAAAUUGAACAAGAGACCAUGGCAGAAAUACUCAAAUCUAUAGAAAAUCACGACCAAAUAGCGAAACAGUUGGAGUCCAUAAACUUUGCGUGGAAUAUAGUGUCCGAUAUAGUCAAAUGUGGCAAGUAUGUGAAGAAUUUCGACGAAGGCAGAGAAGCUCAAAGUUUCUCUAAAGCGGUGGAAUCUGUUUAUGAUAUGUUGAAGUUUAUAGAGACUCCCGCUGAGGGGUUCGAGCAGUUGGAUCUGUACGCGAACACCAAGAACACAGCCAGGUUAAUACUGGAUAGUCUUUUGAAUGACCUGUAUCAAGCAUGGUUCCGUAUGAUAUCUUACACCACUCAACCGGAUACUUCGAAGACAGUCAUUACACUCAACAUAACUAUAGACGACUCCCUCGUAUCAAUAGACGUUCUGAACGCUUUAGACAAAUGCGAAAAACUCUCCGAAAAGAUCAGCGAAUUUGCUGACUUCCUGAAGAAAGAAGUGUUUGUACCAAUACUUCAACACGAUUGUUUGGUGUACGUUGAAUCGGACGAAUUAGCGACCAUCACUAUUAAUUACAAACAAAACUAUACGCCGACAUAUGGUGACGUCAUCGGCAAUCUGAGGUUGCUCUUCCAUUUCUUAAAUAACAAAUUUAACGUCGACUUCAAGCCCGAUAAGAGCAUAAUGCGAAUGUUGGGAAAUCUGAUUGCGUCCGAACUAUGCCAGAUGUUGAUCAAAGACUGCUUCAUUGACACUAUACCGAAUAAUAUAAAUGAUCUUCAGCGUUACACCCUAGUUACGAACGAUAUAGCUGAUUUCCAAAAUUUCUUGACGCUACUCAAAAUAUUUCCACAAGAAGGCCUCUCUCUGCUCAGUUAUAUGGAUAGAAUUGACGUUUUAUUCGCUGACCGGUCGAGCCAACAUUUUCUGGCAACCGCAAGGACUAUCAUGAUGAAAGAUUUGAGCGUCACGAUGUCUAUAGGCGUUGAGAAGAUUCCCGAUGAGCCAGUAUCCUUCGAUAUUUUCGAGGACGACCCCCACGUAGUCGAAGCUUUAGAAAUAUUUGAUAAAACAGUACCGAAGAGUUUAUUUUACUUCCCAAGAUGUAUGAUAUCGAAGACAGCUCAAGAAUUAUUAGAUUUAGUGUACAUGGUGAUGGAGCAGGCGGUGCAGUGUUCAGACGUGGUGUGCAAGAAACUGUAUUACACGGCCAGGUUGAUAUUUGAGUUAUAUGACGCGGUUGUACCCUACCAUCAUGAAAACUACUUGCAGACAAUACCCCAAUAUGUUGCUCUGUUCCACAACAACUGUAUGUUCCUGGCACACAAUCUUCAGACGCUGGGAGAUAAGUGGUUGUCGUUAUUGGACCGCGAGCCGCCGUAUGCUGUGGGCUUCAUAGACCUGGUGCAAACGAGUACGAAACCUCGGACAUAG